CAUGAAUGCCUCACACCAAUGUUCACUUUAGUGAAACAGUCCCUCAGGUCUGCCACACGGCCAUUGGCAACACUGACUCUUAUGACCCCGCAAACGUCGGGGAAGGUUGUUGUGUAUUCGAUGUUAUAAAUAUUAGGUGAUAUGUUGACUAAGGAAAGGAAAUAUAUGUGAAAGACGGAAUGUCAAGUAACGUGGGUCAUGCAACUUUGAGUCUACAUGAAUAUAGUGGAGUGAAUUGGUGGAAUUAACUCGUUAUUCUUUCCAGCAGAUGAUGCAGACCACAAUGGAAGGUCCUGAAGUUACUUUCCUCUUCCAAUUUGGGCUUGUUAGAGAUACAGUAACUACACCUGCUGGUUCAUUAGGACUGAAGACAUUGAAGGACUUAGCGAGUGACUUCAUCAACAAAAAGUUUCCUGACCAUGGUCUGACUUGCCUUGGUGAAAGGCUGCUGCUGUUCCGCCAUGACCACAGUUCUGCCAACAUCUUACAGUUGGUAAACUCGGCAGCAGAAAUUAUUGAUGAAACACUGGUGGAAAUUGUUUUGACAGCCCAAAUACCAACAGAAGCAGCUCCAUUAAGGCCACACACAUUAAAUGUUCACUCUUAUAAGGCUCCAACUUUUUGUGAUUUUUGUGGUGAAAUGCUGUUUGGACUUGUUCGUCAAGGACUGAAAUGUGAAGGUUGUGGGCUCAACUUUCACAAGCGAUGUGUGGUGAAGAUUCCAAACAACUGUUCAGGGGCAGCACUUGUCUCUGGAGAUCGCAGACGAUCCUCAACCCUUGCUGUUCCACGUUCAUCCUCCCAGGGGUCAAAUUCCUCACUUGCCUCAGAUGACACUUCUCUGUUACAUUCUAAUUUAAUUCCCCGAACAAACAGAUCACCCUCACUUGGAGGACGUAUUCGUAUUCCACACACAUUUGUACUUCACUCCUACACACGUCCUACCGUAUGUCAGGUAUGCCGGAAAUUGCUGAAAGGAAUUUUUAAACAAGGGCUACAGUGCCGGGACUGCCACUACAAUGUGCACAAAAAGUGCCUUGAGAAGGUGCCUAAAGACUGUACUGGUGAGAGCCCAAAGGAUGUUACAGGAAGUGAAUGCACUGAUAAUGGAAAUGGAAGUGACUCAGUCAGUAGUCGGUUCAAUGAAGAUAAUGACAGUGACACUGAGUCUAGUUCUCCACCUGAAGCUCGAAAAUCUUCAUCUACAGAAUCACCUGUCAGCAAUGGUUGUGAGGAUCAAAACUGUGAUGAUACCGAGCCUCUCAUCAAACGACCAACAAGUAUGUCCCCUAGUAACAAUAUUCCUCUGAUGCGAAUUGUGCAGUCAGUGAAACAUACAAAAAAGAGGGGUUCAAAAGUUAUUAAAGAAGGAUGGAUGGUGCAUUUCACUAACAAGGAUCCAACGAGGAAACGACAUUACUGGCGCCUUGACACCAAAUCAUUAACAUUAUUCCAAAAUGACACAAGCUCCAAGUAUUACAAAGAGAUUCCAUUAUCUGAGAUACUUUCUGUGGAAACAGCUCGAAGCCCACAUGGCGAUGUGAUGCAUUGCUUUGAACUCCGGACGGCCAACAUUGAUUACUAUGUGGGUGAAGACCCUCUGCAUCCUGUAGUAAGGGAAGGAAGUGUGGCAAUUCUUCCUCCAGAGGAUUCUGGUGUAGGAGUUCACUUAGCUAAAAGCUGGGAAACUUGCAUUCGACAGGCUCUGAUGCCUGUAACUUCUUCCACCAAUGCAGAUAAUAGCACAGGCGAAUCCGAUGAAAGAGUGACUGACAUGAGCCAAGUUUACCAGAUUUUCCCAGAUGAGGUUCUUGGUUCAGGGCAAUUCGGAACAGUUUAUGGAGGUGUACAUAGAAAAACAGGUAGAGCUGUUGCUAUAAAAGUAAUUGAUAAAUCAAGGUUUCCAACAAAGCAGGAAGCUCAAUUGAAAAAUGAAGUAUCAAUUUUACACACCAUCUGCCAUGCAGGUGUUGUAAAUCUUGAACGAAUGUUUGAGACUCCAGAGAGAAUAUUUGUUGUCAUGGAAAAAUUGAAGGGUGAUAUGCUAGAAAUGAUUCUUUCAAGUGAACGUGGGCGAUUAAGUGAACGGAUAACUAAAUUCCUUAUAACACAGAUUCUUAUAGCCCUGAAACAUCUUCAUAGCAAAAAUAUUGUACAUUGUGAUCUCAAGCCAGAGAAUGUGUUGCUCAGCUCUGACUCAGAGUUUCCUCAGGUGAAACUGUGUGACUUUGGCUAUGCACGCAUAAUUGGUGAGAAGUCAUUUAGAAGAUCUGUGGUCGGUACUCCUGCCUAUCUAGCACCUGAAGUCCUUCGUAACAAAGGAUACAAUCGAUCAUUAGAUAUGUGGAGUGUUGGUGUUAUUGUUUACGUAAGCCUUAGUGGAACAUUUCCUUUCAAUGAAGAUGAAGAUAUCAAUGAACAGAUACAAAAUGCUGCCUUUAUGUAUCCAGCUAUACCUUGGAAGGAAAUUUCAUCAGAAGCAAUUGACCUCAUCAAUAAUUUGCUACAAGUGAAACAAAGGAAAAGAUUUACAGUAGAUAAAUCUCUUGCACAUAUUUGGUUGCAGGAUUACCAAACAUGGUGCGAUUUACGAGAACUAGAGAAGCAGGUUGGCAUUAGGUACCUCACUCACGAGUCUGAUGAUGCACGAUGGGAAAGUUAUCGAAGGGAACGCCUUUGACCAGCCAAAAGUUGGGUCACUGUGGCCAGGACACGCUGGAGACGUUUCAUCAAAACAUGAUGAAGAUGUUCCUGUCAAGCUCUCUAUUAGAUUUUGUAACAUAAUGUUGCAUCUGCAUGUUGCAGAUUUUACUAUUAUGUACUGCAGUUUAUUGAAUUGUUUAUUUUUGUAACAUUAUAGUGUAUAUAAUUACUCAGUCCAGCAAUACUCAUUUACAUAUUUCUUUGCCUUUACUAAAUAAUGGCAGAAAGAAAGUGGUGUGUGUGUGUGUGUGUGUGUGUGUGUGUGUGUGUGUGUGUGUGUGCGUGUGCGUGUGCGCGCGCGCGCAUCCGUGAGUCAGUCAGAGUGAAAGCCCUGGAUGGUUAUGGCUAUAUAUUCAAAUAUGUUACUAAUCCUUUUAUAUUGUAUAGUUGGUAGUAUAUGGUUUGGAUAAGUAAUUUCCUCUCUUACGACAACUGAGGUACGGUUUUGUUAAAGUUGCAAAUGACUAAACAUUUUACAAUGUGUAAACUGUGUUUAUGUAAACAGUGAUCCAUUAACCAAUAUUUGUAGGUUUUUAAGCAUAUUAGACACCUUGGGCUGCUGCUUUUUACAUGUACUAUAUCACUUAUUCAUGUACCAGGUAAAUACAUUACAUCAUAACUGUGACUUCAAUAAUGAGGACCAUAUUUCUCAGUUAAAGAAUGUGUCUCAUCAGUGUUUUCUUGUUUGCACAUCAGUGAUAUUAAAUGUUACCAGUGCAGUCUGAAUUAAAAAUUCAAUAUUCAGCAGUUAUUUCAAAUAGUACAGAAAUUCUGUACGACGACAGAAAAUGCGUGCAGUUUAAAAAGUUUCCGAAACACAAGCAGCUCAUAUAAAAUUUCAUACAUUUUAGCAAAUAGUGUGCUGUUAUUAAAUUUUACGGCAGAUUAAGACUAUGUGCUGGACUGGAACUCAAACCCAGAACCUUGCUUUUCACAGAGAAUACUCUGCCUGAGCUAUCUAUGCAUAACUCACUGCCUAUCCUUGCAGCUUUACUUCUGCUAGUACCUCUGUCCUACAUUCCAAACUUUACAGAAGUUCUCAUACACACGUUGAAAGAGUAGCACUUGUGAAGAAAGGAUAUUGUGGAAAAAUGGCUUAGCCACAGCCUAAGCUGGAGUGUUUGCAGUUUUGAAUCUUCCUUGCAAGGUAAAACUGUGUUCCACACCAGGGCUCAAACCAAGAUCCCUGCCUUUCUCAGGCAGUGCUUUCACCAUCUCACUUUUACACGUGUGAGCCACAGUGACUAUGUGGGACUAAUACUAGACAUCUGCUUUCAGCGUUUAAUACUCCUCUGAAUUUGGCCACACAACCAAUAUGACUCAAAGUUUUUAAGAUGUCACUUCUUCCAUAUUCCUUAAAAACUGUCUGUUGGCUCUGACCUGAUGCUUUGGAACCAACUCCUAAAGGAAAAGGAUGCAAUAGAGAUUUUAGCUUUCUCAAUGCCUCAGAUUUGUUACUGGCACAAAAUUAUCUAUAAGUUAGAAGAAUAUACACUUGUUAACCAUUUACAACAGGUUAAAACAACUUCCCAUUCCAUUAAUAACUUGACAUUGCUGUAAAACAGAAACACUCCAACUCCAAUUUUACUGUUGUCUCGAGAGUGCUGGUUCCACAGCAUCAAGAGAAAUCUCUAGGAGACAGAAAAAUUGUAGGUGAGUUGGAUGUUGAAACAUUUAGUUGGUUACUCGGGUGUGCACAGGUGACAAAAUUGAAAUACUAUUGUCUAGGAAAGCAUUAAUAGCUUCCCAAACACUGUUUUGACUAUUCACAAAUCGUUACAGGUAGGCCACUUUAUUGGUUUUAAUCAUCUUAAAAACUUCCAUUAGUCAGGAAUAAUUAAAUUAUUCAGUAUUUAAUGCGCCAGUCAAACCAUAAUUAUGUUCAUAGCCUCGUUUACUUUGUGCACUAGGUGGCAGACUGGGACCAGAGGAGUUAUUGCCAAAAUUUAAGACUUGGCACCAUUAUUAGUUGCUACAUGUCAUAAUUUUACUGUCUGAUGGACAUUACCUAAUAGAAAUAAUAUGAGAUUGUGAUAUCCACACAUUUAUGUUGACAAUUUCUUGUCCAAGUGUGGCUAAAAAUGCACAGAAAUGAAUAGUAGCCUAAAUACGCUGCAUGAAAAUUUAUUGCACUUAUUGCAGAUACUGUAAAAUAAGCUAACAUUUUUAAAGUGACAUUCCUACAUAUAACUGACUGCAUCAAAAUCUGAUCCUUUGUACAACUGAGUAGUUAUUGUAAAGCUUCACUCUUUUUUUUGGAUAAAUUAUUUCCACAAGAAUACACCCAUAAAAAAAUUUGGUUAUAAAACACCAAGACGCAGUGUCUUUGUGGCCUAAAAGAAGUACUGUAAGUGAUAAAAUUCUUUGAACUGAUCCCCUCAUGGCCUAAAUAUUACACAGAUUAUGUUAACUGUUGCCACUCAUUCGUAUAUCGCACUGCUAAUAAUAAUAAUAAUAAUAUAUGUUUGUUAAAACCGGAAAUAUUUUCUUUCUUUCUUUUGUCAUAGAUGUCUAAAAUCCCUCGAAUUCUUUCCCAGUAAUUCAUUAAUACCAUUCCAGUCUCUGUUUACUAUAUCUAUUUGCCAAGAAAUUCCAAGCGUACUCUGCUACAUCAACAACUGUCGAGUGAUAAAAAUGAGAGAAAUUUAACAUGUGGCCACAUGAGAAACAUCAUUUAAUCUGUUUUUCCAUCAUGAUAUUUCUAGAGAUGUGUUGUAAAUAGUUCUUCUAAUAAAGAAUUCGCAUAUAAAUAUAAACAUGGUGUCAGUAAAUAAAUAUUUAACUGAGAUAUAUGGUUCUCUGUAUGUGUUUACUUGUUGUGACAUGGAACAAUCUCUGAAGAACAGUUAAAAAUACAUCAAAAAUUUGUGCUUCAGUAUUCCAAGAGAACACAAUGCAUUCAGCUUGUGUAUCUGUCGUGAGUACUUCUGUAAACAUUCUUCAGUAUUAUAGUAUAAAAUUUUUGCCAUAUGUAUGGAUGACACUGGUAGAAUGUGGUAGAAUGCUACAAAAACAUGAAAUUGUUUGACAAACUUAAGUUCAGUAUCAUUUUCACUAUAACAGUACUAUUAAAUGUUCAGUUUAAUUUUUUUGUACUCAUUUAAAUAUUUUGAUUGUGUAUCAGUUUGUGGUACUGAUUUUAGAAAGAUAAGGGCAAAGAUAUUUGCUUGAUAUUCCGUACAUUAUGACAGCUUGGCAGAUGCAUAUGUUUGGUGAGACUCAGACAUUAUGUAUGUGUUGCUCUAAAACUUUUCAUAUUUUAAGAAACUGUUAUUCAUAUUGAUAAUGAUUUCUGUAUAAGAUAUAAUAAGGGCUGAAAAUCUAAUGUGUGUAUUAGACUGGUAAAUGAAGCAUUAUGCUAUGUAUUGCAUACAAAUCACAUAUUCAUCUGUCAAUGUAUUUUACUUUUCAGUCAUUGUAAUACUGGCCUGAUAUAAUUUCCACAUUGUGAUUGAUUUUCUUUGAAGUUACGGAAGGGAUAUUAUGUAUAUGAAUGUCUGGUAAAUUACAGUAUCAGGAUAUCCAGCUCACUGCGCAUGAAUGCAUACUGUAGGAAAUAUAUUGUUUUAUAACACUGCCAAAGUCGUAUUAUCUUUACAACAGUUUUUAUUCUGUAGGUGUUUUAUAAUUCAGCUCAAAAAAAAAGGUGGACUGAAUCAAAUCAUACAGUAUCAAAAUUGAAAUAAGUGAUGCGAAAUAUCAACAUUAUUUACUGAAUGGAUGUGUCUUGCCUAUUAUUUUUCAUUAGAGUGAAAAUGAAUUGAACUAAUUUUUUAAUUUGAAGGAAAGAGUUUUUUAAGCAUUGCCUUUAAAUACACAGACGAAAUUAUCAAUUUAGAAAACUUGCCACUUCUUUGUUUGUACAAAUGUAAAAAGGUUACAAAAUGUAUGUCAACCUUCCUUUUUUAAAAUUUAGUAGUGUUAUUUGAGAUGAUAUAACUAAUAAACCUGUUUUACAGGCUUGCGGCUUGCUUUCGUAAUUAUAUUAAUUUGUGAAGAGAGAUGUCAUUUUUCUGGAAAAAAAUUAUAUUAUUAAAUCUGUAAAUAAUUAUGUGUACUGCAAAUAUUUGAUAUAUAAUUUUAUAUGUUUUAUACUUUAAAAAGUCAAGUAUUGACUUCAUGAUAUUUAAAUAAAUGAAGUUUUUUGUAUUUAUAUCUUUUCGACAAACAAGUGUUAUUUAGGUAAUUUGCAUCUUGUAAAACAGAUCAUCAGUGUGAUGGUCAUUUUUCAUAUAUGGCACCAUGCAUAAUAAAUCUUGCCAUGUUCAUUUUUUUUUUGUCCUACUAGCAGUAACUGGUUGAUGCCCUUCAUCUGAACUCUGCAUGCCCUGCUUUUAAGGCUUAAUAUGCUAUGAAGUGAAAUGAAUGGGGCACUGUCAUUCCAUUAAUACAUGUACACAUUGUUGUUAUGAUCUAAAUUUACCCAUUUUAGUGUGAAUUUUGUCUUUCUUAUUAGGAGUUGUAACCAAACAGUAUCCGGUUUUCUCUACAAUUUGCUUCCUCUUUUAAGAGGAUGUGUUUGUUUUUGAAGUCAGUGGAAAAAUAAUAUGUUUUGCAUGAAUUGAUGUUACAAUUUAUUCCAAAACCAUCAUUCUGCUAGUCUGUGGCAUAAGAAAGGCUUGCAUUCUACUAAUGAAUGUUCCAUUCAGUUCACUGACAGUUUUGUAAAUGAAUAGUGCUGUAAUUUUAAGUGUCCUGCAGGAAGAGAUUCAAAGUUAUGUAAUUAUUUUUUAAAAAAAAAGAUGCCAUGAAUGGUGCAUGGAAUAACUGUCUUUAAUUUGUAAGAUGUGAAAUUGCUGUAUGUUCAAAAUACUAAUGUUUGUGGUGAUGACAUGUUUGGUUUGUGAAUUAGUUUGCUUAAACAUGCUGUUAUUAUUAUAACGUAUAUAAGAAUUGUUGUAGUCUGUCACGGAUUUCCCAUUGUGACAAAGAAACAUUUUUUAUGAUUUGCCAUUCUGAAGAGAAGUUAAAAUAAAUCAGUAUCAACUGGCAGUGGCAAAGUGAUGUAAAUAUAUAUUCUAAUUUGAAAUUUCACAGUAGUAAAUAGCAGUGUUAACCAAAUUACUGGUAUUAUUAAAGGAAUGACAGUUUAAAAUUUUGCAGAUGCUCAAUUUCUAUAACUGUGGAAGCCACAGACACAGCCCACCUACCCAUAUGUGCUCUCUUUGUGCAACAUUCAUUAUCUCAGUUGUUCCUCGGACUGUUUCUAUCAGGAAGCCAUUCAUGUUUUGACUUCUGCAUCUGAAUCAGUCAAAAAAUAGCAUGAAAGAAUACAACUACUGGCAAGUUAAAUCUUUGAAUCAUGCAUCUCUAACUCAAAAACUAAUUGACACUUGUCAUUUGUAUAUUUGGGACUGUCUUUGUGGCACACUCUUAACCUCAGUUUCUGUACCAAGUUAUAGAGUACCAGAAAGAAAAUAGCCUCAUCCAAUUUGUUAAAAGAAUUUUUAAAUAUUUGGUUUUGUCUGUCACUGUUAUCACAUGUUGAUGAAUAUGUCCACCAAAGCAGAAUGUUGUUCCUUGCAGAGGCAAGUACUGUUUGUUCUUCCAGCAACAAUGAUGUAUUAGUUGAAUGUGUGACAACAUUACACUUUAAAAAAAACUGUUUUCUGAAUUAACUUAGUAACAUGUCAGUGCAGUUAAUUGACUAGAAAACUGUCGUGCUCCUCUUUCUGCAGAUAGACUGUAAUCUAAGCUCACUUGUCUCAACUUAUCAGAUUAUGGAUGGCAAACUUUUAUACUUUUUAUUAUGCCUAAUGAAAAAGUUACUAUUUUUAAUCUAAUGUAAUUUUUGUUAGGAAGAUUUUUGCAGUAAGCCCACAGAUCUGAACAGUUAUAUCAACCUUAACUUGAACAAUUUGAUUUUUGAAGUUAAGCAGUGAACACAAUAUAUAAUAUGAAGCAUAAUUUUACAUUUUCUUGAAAUGGCUGUACACACUAAUAGAAAACAAAUUGUUUUAUAAAAACAGAAUGUAGAUUGAAUUCUUCUAGUAUAGAAAAGGGAAAAAAGUACUUUAUUAUGGUAAACAGAUACCUAUUCUUGCAUGAUCUGAAAAAUUUAUGGUAUUGUAGUUUACUAUUUUCAAAAAUAUUCCUCCUACUCAUGAAUCCAUUAUUGUUUUCCACAUUAGAAGCAGUAUAUAAAAAAGUGCUUUAUUUUCCUGUUAUUCCAGCAGUUGUUCGAACUUUGUGAGUGGACAGAUCUCAAAUAUAUUGAGAACUAGUGUAUUGGUAACCUACUGCAACUGUGCUUUCUGUAUAAUUGUAUAGUGUGUUAAGAAGUGACUGUAUAAAAAGUGUCAAAUUACAGAUGUAUAAACUCAUGAAAUUUUUAUUCAUAUCUGAGAAAACAGAUGUCUCAAAAAGUUGGCCUUAUAAUGAUAUCUCUUGUUAUACGACAAAAAGUGGUUAGCAUUUAAGCUGUUGUUCACUCAGCAACAGUCGUAGUGCACUACAAAUACCCAUUGUUUUGAUAUUCGUUUUACAAUGGUCAUGUUUUAACUGGAAAUGGAAAUGUUUUGAUGAUGCAUAUAUAGGGUUUUUUAGUUGUAGAAGAAUACUUCAUGACUGUUCUCGCUACUGUUGAUAUUCACAUGGAAUUUUAGACUGAAUUUUAAAAUUUACUUUGCCUACAAUUCAGACUGUCUUGUAGUAUUACUAACGAAGUUUUGUCAAAUUUUAAAUGAUAUGCCGUGAUAUUAAUGAACAUCGAAACAUCAUGUUAACUAUGUCUAAUGUAUAAACCAAUCAACUGUAAAUUCUCUCACAGUGUUAAAAUUGCAGUUAAAUAUGAAAUCUUACUAAAGGUAUGUGAACUGGGACAUCAGUGAUGAUUUUAUUUUUGAUCAGCUAACAUUUCUUGUAUAGAAUUCAAGUAAACUGGUUAAUGACUCAAUUACUGACUAAGUUUAAAUAGAAAUGAAUAUCACUUUACAAAAUUAUUUGUUUUAAAAUAAUUUUCUUCACCUGUAGAGCCACAUCUGAAAUGGAAGUGCAAUUUCUAUGUGGAAACUACAAUCUCAGUGAAAGGCCUAAUAUAUAUCUAUUGCUGCAGUACAGUAUUAUGAGAAGUGAAAUAUUUAUACUAGAUAAUUGUUCUGAUUGCAUUACAGAUAGUUAAAAUGUAUUACCUUGUUACUGACUGGGAGUAAGGAGUUCAAUAAAAACUUUUGUACAGAAA